GAAAUCAGCCUAGAGAAAAGAACGUCUAAUGUCAUGUCACAUCGCUGAUCAUUGAGCGAGACAUGCGCUCCAAGCGGAGAGAUUUGUAACUGCAAUUACAAGGCCUCAGCCGGUCAUUUUUGCGAUUGUUGUACUUCGACAGAUGUUCCUCCUUUAUACUUCUAUUCUCCCUGCUAGCUAGAUUUCAGAAACUGUCAUUGCUGAGAAUUUGAGACACUGUUAACCUCAAAUCGGAUGUUUAUUUAAUUGUCGUACUCUGUGAAAUAUAUUAUUUAGAGUAGAAUUCGUAUCACAGCUUAUAAUGGGUCAUAUCUAGUUUUAAAUUCGAGUUCAGCAUGCAGAUCGUAGUGUUGAAGUUUCGCGAUAUGUUCAAACUAUACCAAAAUGCUCUUGCCCGGCGACCGUAUUUAAUGCAAGCUAUCCAAAGUGGAGCUUUAAUGGGAGCAGGUGAUGUGAUAUCACAAACACUAAUCGAAAAAAAAACAUUAAAGGACCUCGAUUACAGAAGAACAUGUCAGUUUGCAUCUAUAGGCCUUUUUGUCGGAGGUCCUGCUCUUCGGGUCUGGUAUGGAGUGCUACAAAAAUACAUAGGGAAAGAAGGGAAAACUGUUGCCAUUAAGAAAGUGUUUGUUGACCAAGCAAUUUUCGCCCCAACAUUUCUUUUCUUGAUCCUUGCAACGGUGGGCACUAUGCAGGGGAAGAAUUGGGAAACUGUGAAAAGCGAGAUUAGGCGAGAUUAUUUUGAUGUAUUAAAGACCAAUUAUUUAAUAUGGCCGUGGGUGCAACUUGUUAAUUUUUAUUAUGUUCCACUACAAUACCAAGUUCUUAUUGUCCAGACUGUUGCAUUGUUUUGGAAUACAUAUUUAUCUUGGAAAACAAAUAGGAAACUAUAAUGUAGGUGUGUUUAUGUAAGCAUUCACUGACAGAGCAAUUAAGUUGACUACAGAAUUGAAAUAGGGUCAACUGUAUUUAACUUCUUAAUUUUAAUCAGAAUAUCUAGGUGGUAAAUAAUAAACAUGUAAGACACACUGAUUUCCCAUAACAGGGCAACCUAUCUGUAUAGCAUGAUGACCUACCUUCUUGCCUAGUCAAAAAUAUUGAAACAGAAAAUCUGUCUGUAAAUAAUGUCAGUUACUGUCUAGCUUUUUUCUUAUGUACAAAUUGGAAAAUGUAACAGUAAUUGUUAAAUGUUUUUAUAAGACCUUCUUGAAUCCCUUUAACGGAAGACAUUUCAUGUAAAUAAUGGACACUGUGUCAUUAAUUCACGAGGAUACAUUUAAAAAAAAAUCAAACGUUUUUUAAAUUACGCUCGGGCGGAUCGCCGAUGGCGUCCGUUCCGCGUCUUACGACGUGCGUUGCCUGAGUGUGGAUAGUCCCUUAUAUUUUGAUAUUGGGACGUAGGCACCUAAAAACAUUACAGCAAUCGCAUACGAUUUUUCUUAAAUUGCGUGUUGUUUGAUUGGUUCAUUGAAUUCGUUGAAUUUACCAUCGAUAAAAGCAUGACAUUGCAGCAUUUUUAAAGAGGCAUACCUAUAAGUUACAAGCUAUAUCAGAGGAUCUACCAAAUCGAAACCAGAUAUAUCGAAAAUUCGAUAUCACUCCUGUCUAAUUUUAUUGCUCGAAUCUGUAAGAGUUAUAAUAUAAAAAGGUAAAUAAAGUGUUUCGCGGUAGGCCAUCACCCAUCAGUCUUAUCUGAUUGGCAAAAGUCGCGCUAGUCUGCUUCUAAUUUCUCGAUUCUGCACAUGUGCACAAGGGUGUUGCCAACGAAGUGCAAGAAAGAGGGGGCUAAGGGAAACAAUAGUAACUAGAUGUAAAGCCCUCCUUCUCCCCUUGGCCAUUGGCCAUAUCAAUUUCAACUCUUGUCCAUCAGAUGGCGACGCCUCUGGACUUCCACUUGCACUAAUCUGGUAGAAAUUAUCCGCAGACUUUGUAAUUCAAACACGCGUCAACGAACUUCAAAGUUUGGCUUUCAAAAACGAAACCUGCAAGAUUGAGAAUGUAUUAUUUAAUACCUAAGAUAUGUUUGUGACCUUGACUAGCACAAAUUAGUAUUCCAUUAAAAGUUUGAAUAUACUAGUGUGUUUAAUUAAUAAAGGUUUUUUUAAUA